GCUGAGAUUCACUAGAAGGACGAUGGUUGUCAAGGUUACCAGAGUGAUGUUUCCCCUCAUGCUCAGUUUGUUUCUGGCAGUUUCAUCUCCCAUUUGGCCCCUGACUCCUGCAGUGGCCUUCCAGCUGCCACCCUGCCAGCUCGUCAACCAAACGGUGUCUGUGGAGAAAGAGGGCUGUGCCACGUGUCACCCGGUGGAAACAACCAUCUGCAGCGGCCACUGCAUCACCAAGGACCCCGUCAUCAAGAUACCGUACAGCAAAGUGUACCAGCAUGUGUGCACGUAUCGGGACUUUUACUACAAGACCUUUGAGCUUCCCGACUGUCCUAGCGGUGUGGAUCCCAUGGUCACCUACCCCGUGGCUUUGAGCUGUCACUGCAGCCGCUGUGCCAUGGACACGUCCGACUGCACCUUUGAGAGUCUGCAGCCCGACUUCUGCAUGAAUGACAUACCUUUCUACUACUAGGCUUAAGUUGUAGCAUCUUAUAACACAAUAAAAACUAAAUACAGAUGCAAAAACCUGCUCCUUUUAUAGGUUGUGCUAAAUAAAGGUUGUCACACAGA